GGCGGCCGCUGCGGUGGCGGAGACUGUGGCUUUAAGAGCGUGCCGGGAGCCCGAGCCCCAGCCGGGCCGCGCUUCGCCGCUGCGCACCCCAGCGGAGCCAAGCCCCACGCUGGCCGGACAGGGCCGCCUGUCGCCGGGCUGCUGAGAAUUAGCCCUAGACCUCUGCGUGAGGGUUCUUCUGCCGAAGACAUCACCAGUGUGUGGAGCCUGCCACACCCACCCGCUGCCAAACCACGGCCUUUACCUGUGUCUUCCGGUGUUUCCCGUGCGACCCAUCCUGUGGGAGUGCCUCGUGGGCUGCCCCAGAGUUCACCCCACACUCAGCAGCACCAAUGGUGAAGAUGACAAGAUCGAAGACUUUCCAGGCAUAUCUGCCCUCCUGCCACCGGACCUACAGCUGCAUUCACUGCAGAGCUCACUUGGCCAAUCAUGAUGAACUAAUUUCCAAGUCGUUCCAAGGAAGUCAAGGACGAGCAUACCUCUUUAACUCAGUAGUUAAUGUGGGCUGUGGGCCUGCAGAAGAGCGAGUGUUGCUAACAGGACUGCAUGCAGUCGCAGACAUUUACUGUGAAAACUGCAAAACCACUCUGGGCUGGAAAUACGAACAUGCUUUUGAAAGCAGCCAGAAAUAUAAAGAAGGCAAAUACAUCAUUGAACUAGCACACAUGAUCAAGGACAAUGGCUGGGACUGAUUGGACAGCAUCUACCCAACCCAGUGUCCACGUGAACGCCAUUCAACCGAACAUUCUUCCCAAGCGUGAGAGAGUGACUGACACUUGGUUCCAUCCAUUUAGGGGCCUUGCCAUCCGGGGCAUCCUCCCACCCUGACGCCAUCUUUCUGGUGACCGGCCUCUAAAUCGCUGUCUCUCUGUCUCUUUGCUUUGUAUCUGUUUGUGAGUUGAUCCUGGCUUCUCUCUCUGUUCUUGUUUUGGCUGAAAACAAAACAACAAAAGGAACAGAUCCUUGACCGCAUGGCGGCAGCCCACCUUGGUAAGGGCCCCAGGGCCCAUGCGAGAGCUGCCUGAUGGCCUCUUGUCAGGAGAGCAGUGGCACGGGGGCGUGAGGAAGAGGGAAAGGGGAAACUCUAAGGGUCCUGGUGCGGGGAAGGGGUGGAAGGGUGGAGGUAGGAACAAAAUUGCGCCGCUCCUGGAGACCUGAUAACUUAGGCUUGAAAUAAUUGACUUGUCUAAAAGGACAAAGAGAAAAAAAAAUACCUCAUGACUGCAUUCUCUCUGACUAGAAGCUUCUGUUCCUGACACCAAAUGUGCCAGGUUAGCACAUGAGCACAAGAUGUGGCCCUGAUUCUAGUUGGUGGGGCAAGGGCCUGGUUCUCCUGGGCUGAGUGGGGGAGUGUCCUGGCAGCAGCGAGUGACUUGGGCAGUGGCCAGGUGGGUGCACUGACUCUGAUGCCUCACUCAGUCUCUGGGCAAUCAUCAUCUUUGCCUCUAGCCACCGCAGGUAAGGUGUGAGGGGACUGCUGUUUGCAAUGGGCUCACCAUCCAAAUAUCCCGAAGGCUUUGACCAGCAACCAAGUCAAAUCAGUAAUUGAGGAGAGCAGGGCACAAAGGGGCUGCAGUUUGGGAGCUCCUGAAGAAAUGGCUCAGAUAUUGAGUCAGAGAAAUAAAAAGUAGGAUCAGUUAGCAAUUCUAACUGCCCUUCCUUCUAACCCCUCAUAAGAGGAGUGUGGUGAGGGAGGGGACUGGGUAGGGGUCAUCCCAGGAGGAGGGGUUUACAUUGGAACCAGUUCAGGUUCGGUGCAUCUUUCCUCUUCGGUUUUACAGUGGCUUCCGUGGGAUCGUCAAUUUCUUGUUCUUAGAGUUUCGGGUGUUUUUCUCCAGUCUUGUUACUGUAGACUGUAGAAAGCACGGGCCCCAGGCUCUGAGCUUAGUAAUAACCUGGCUGGUAGAUUCCUCAUGCCCCUAAUUGUCCCACUUAGGCCUGAAUGUCUUGCGUGGAGAGAAAUCUCCUGUCAGUGUGGUCCAGCAGCAGGGAGGAGUUCUGCCCAAAUUCCGAUAUCACCCCCUCCCCCAUCCAAACAUCCUUCGAUUAGGGAAGUGGAGAGCACAUCCCUGUAAGGCCCAUAAGAGAAAGAGGAGUUUGUUACAUUUAAUCAACACUGUGAAGUCUGUUCUACAGCAAUUCAGCCAUUACACAGUAUAUGACUGAAACUCAUUUAACUGGGUUAAUUUCAUUUCUUAGACUGAAUAUAUUAUUGUUAAGAUACGUGUGCGUGUUAGGUAAUUCUCAGCAUCUCCUCCAAGUAGGCCGACCUUCUCGGAAAAUUCACCCUAACAGUCUCACAAAAGAAUGAGUUCAUGGGGAGAUUCUGUAAAGUAAUGAACUGAGAUGAAAGCAGCCAACAGCCCGGGAGCUUUUCAGAAUCGCGUCUGCAGCAGAACCAGUUUCCAUUCAGAGCGCGUCCUUGGUGGAAAUGCUUUUUUGUGUGUCUCCACGCGCUGAUGGUGGAAUGGGAGCCCCAAGACAGGUGUGGGCUUAGAAAUUGACUUUUGUUCCCCAAGGCUUCUUGUCCAGAUCUUUCCAGUGCUUUCAUAGCCCUGGGAGAUCCAGUUGUUCUCCCCACUUUACUGCAAGGUAGACUGAAGUUCAGAAGAAAUACUGAAUUUCUGCUCCCAGAAGAAUAGUUUCUCUGGCUCACAGGCCCACGUUCUCAAUGAAAUCGUUUUUUAACUUUCACAUUCCUAAGCUGGCUUCCCGGCACAGAAGCCAUGGAUUUCCCCUCUCUCCCUUCCCCCUCCUCAAGGAAAUAGUCUCUCUUUAUGGAUUUUCAUUGGACCCUUUCCUCAGGGAUUGUCCUGGCUGUUUAUUGAUAGUCCUUCCCAUAAGAAGAAAAUGGGGGUUAAACAUGGGGUAGGUAUUUUGUCUUUCAAACUACAAAUGGAAUGUGGUGACAUAAACUAGACAUGGGGUGCCCUCAAGUUUCCAAGGGGACCAAUGUGCCACUGUUCUUCCUUGGGGAUGAGGCCUUUGACUGUUGGAUGGAUCAAAGCAGGCUCCAGUCAGACCCUGGUUCUGAAUGUUUUUUUUUUCGGUGACUAUCCAGUGAGCCUUCAGUGGGUGCAAGGCACCAUACUUGCUGUGAGAGAGCUGAGUAGAGUGUUGGUUUUUCCAUAACUACAGGGGAAAAAAAAGUCAUUAGGCUUUCCCUUUGUGUCAGUGAAACCAAAAGUGCUUCUUACAACGUUCGCUCUGUUCAUGGGUUGUCUAUCUAACAUUGAGCAGCAUUGGAGAGGCCACAGCUGAGCUAUGGAGAUGCUAAAUUAACUCAUGGCCUCAGUCAGUUCAUUCUUUAAUUUCCUCACCAAAUUAUUGACUUAGAGCAUAACCAAAGACCUCAUUCAUUCACCCCAGGUGGGUUGGGGGAAUUGGAGUUUGUUGGUGAAGUUUGGGGGCGGGGUGUGGGGAGUAGAGACAGGGUAAGGAGACGUGAGAAAGGAAAAGGCAUGAAGUUCUAUACCUCAGCCAGCAGCUGCCUUCGUUUGGAACUGAAGUCCAGCCAGCAGACUCUCUAGCUCCAUCUCCCCUGUGCCACCCUAGGUCAUAUGACCUUGGCCACCUUGGAGUAGACCCAGACCCCUCGGGACCCGGGACAUUAGUCUCAGGCUGCUGAUGGAUUGAUUUGACAUGAACCAAACACAGCCAAACUCGAUACCCACAAGCUGUCAGCUGGACCUGACUGAGUGUUCUUCCUGAGUUCACGAGGAUAGGCUAGAGUGCAUUUUUACUGGUGGAUCAGUGUGUGCAAAAGAGAUGACCCUUUAUAAAGAGAUUUUCAAGUGGAUAUAUAUAAAAGAAACAGUUGCUUGUAAAAUAUACUUUUGUAAAUAAUAUUUAAUUUUUUAAAUAAUAUAUUUGGUGCUGUUUUCUCAGAUCCCCUGAGAGCACUUUUUAUUUUCCUUUUAAAUUCUAUGGUUUCCUUUGCAUUUCUUGAAGUAUAUUUUAAGGGAAACAGUGAUCACCAAUACAUGUUUUCAGUUUUUUUUUUUUUUUAAGGUCUCUAUCACUUUAAUCUGGAUCAAGGCUUUGAAGCAAUGCCUCUCUGCAUUUUUUCCCCAGUGGAACAGACUCUGCAGUACAUUAAUCAGGUUGAGAAUUGAAAUAUUUUCUUGCAUCAGUAUUGGCUAGAAAAGAAAAUAAAUAAAACCAAGUUAAUUUAGUAGUAACAACUUACAGUGAUUCUUCCUGUUGGAAGAAUUUCCAACAAAUCAGAAUCACGUUUUUAGUUGUGCGUGUGCGUGUGCGUGCGCACGUGUGUAAAAAGCACUUUCGAUUGUGCCUCCUGUUUUCUCGAGUGGGGACACUUUAACUACAGUUUACACCUCGGGCGCAUAAAGUUUUUCUUCUCUUUCUCUCUGGCUGUUUCUGUUUCUGAGUGGACCAACAGCAGAACCCACGAGGAUUUGUUUGAGUAUGGAGCUGCUGCGGGUUUGCUCCUUUUUCUUGCUUUGCGUGCUCAGCUUUUACAGACUGUAAAGGAGAUGUGUUGUUUGUGAAGAUGGAGCAGAGUCAAAUCUGUGCUUCUAACUGAGAUGAGAGUAUUAAUCACGUAUCGCAGGGCUCCAGCUGUUUUAGAAGCCGCAUCAUGUUAAACAUUAACUGGUUUGGAUUAAAAGAACAUUAAUAUUAUAAUACACAUAUCUUUGUGGUAAACAGCUUUUUUUUUUUUAAGGUCAGAUUGCCUCAGGUUCAGAAAGAGGCUGAGAAAUCAAAUCUUGAACACAAUCAACUUACAUAUUUUAGAGGAAUCUGCCUCAAAUGAGAAAAUAUGUUAGUUGUCUAGAUAGAGGAAAGAGAUAUUUACUUUUUAUAAAAUUAAAAUAGUUAUGAAAUCUGGCAGAAAAGGUAAAGCCUAGAAGAAACUAUGAAAGCUAUUCUCAUGUUACCAAAUUCUAUCUGCCCAUGUUUUUGUAUAACAUUUCGGUGACAGUGGGAGUCGAUUCUCUUUCCCAACCUGCAGAGACUAUCUUCCAAUACAGAAUCUGUCUAUUUAUGCUUGUGUUUACAAACUGUAUUUGUUGGGUUUGGGUUUUUGUUUUCUUUGGUGGCAUUUUUCAGGUCACUUUGCUUCUAUAACAAAGGUAAUUGUUUUCAAAUAAUUUGUCUUCACCUUUUCCCGUAUUUGUACAUAGUGAUUCAGUAUUAGAGAAAAGUGCAUUGUUUCUGUCAUAUUUCCAAUCUGUGUUGGUGCUCAUUUGAGAAAAUAAAAGUUUUCAAAUAUUAA